AUGUCCGCUGCGGCAUCGGGAACUGCACCUGUUAUUGUUCGCAGCCACUCCACAUCACGUUCCAAUUCGUCAUAUCGGACUACCCCCACAGACCUCCCCCACAGAGCAAGAAGCACAGCUACCAGGCCCUCGCAGUCCAUCCAUUCUCACCAUCGAUCCAACUCCAGACCACUUUCAUACGAUCGUCCGUCCACGUCUAAUCCAGUUAAUCCAGCCGACGCUCCUCACCGGGACUACGAGACAUCAAACGUUGCACGUCCACCUACAUUUCGCCGAAGUUUAUCCAGAGAUCGUUCAAAGGAUACUACACACCAAUAUAGGGUUAAACCUUCACACUCCCAUCAUAGAACAUUAUCUAGACCAACCCAAGGUCUAGAUAGUGUCGACAUGGCCGGCCCUAUGAACCCCGUGAACCCUGUGAAUACCGCGAAUCCAGUGAAUCCUGGACCUGCUGCUGCUGAUGACCAGUCAUUUGCAAAUGGGACGCAUCAAAGGCCCCCCAAUGGCAUCUCAAACAGUGUGUCGCAGCCAAAACGACGGACAACCAUCACGACAGUAUCUGGACAAUGGGCUCUCGGGAAAACCAUUGGUGCUGGCAGCAUGGGGAAGGUGAAACUUGCAAAAAACCUUGAAACGGGUGAACAGGUGGCGGUGAAGAUUAUACCUAGACAUUCGACUGAAGAGCAUCGUGGUAAUCGCGAUACGGAGAGAGCAGAUCGCUCUAAAGAAAUACGGACAGCAAGGGAAGCAGCAAUUGUUACCCUGCUAAACCACCCAUACGUGUGUGGAAUGCGAGAUGUUGUGCGAACAAAUUAUCACUGGUAUAUGUUGUUUGAAUACGUAAACGGAGGACAAAUGCUCGAUUACAUUAUCUCUCAUGGAAAACUUAAAGAAAAACAAGCCCGGAAGUUCGCGAGACAAAUCGCAAGCGCGCUUGACUAUUGCCACAAAAAUAGCAUCGUUCACCGGGAUCUCAAAAUCGAAAACAUUCUGAUCAGCAAGACGGGGGAUAUCAAAAUCAUUGACUUCGGCCUCAGUAAUCUAUACUCCCCUAAAAGCCAACUGAAAACUUUCUGUGGCAGUCUGUAUUUUGCGGCGCCCGAACUUCUCCAAGCCAGACAGUAUAUCGGCCCGGAGGUGGAUGUCUGGAGUUUUGGCAUAGUCCUUUAUGUUUUGGUCUGUGGGAAGGUCCCGUUUGAUGACCAAAGCAUGCCCCAGCUCCAUGCGAAAAUCAAAAAGGGUGUCGUUGAGUACCCCCAAGGACUAUCCUCAGAUUGUCGACAUAUUAUUUCGCGAAUGCUGGUUACCGAUCCAAAGCAAAGGGCCAGUUUAAAUGAGAUUUUAAACCAUCCAUGGAUGACAAAGGGGUUCAGUGGCUCCCCUGAAAAUUUUCUCCCACAUCGUGAACCUCUCCAGCUUCCACUGGACCCAGAUAUCGUGCAAAGAAUGACUGGAUUUGAUUUCGGCCCUCCGGAGUUUAUCACUGCUCAGCUAACCAAGGUCCUCGAAUCCGAGGAUUACCAAAAUAUAGUACGAUUAAGUCAAAGGGAGCAUCCCACGCCCCACCUGGCGAAUAAUGAAAAGAAGAGAGGGGUUUUUGAUUUCUAUAAGCGUCGCAACUCAGCAAGUAAAGACACGCUUUCCAGUCCGUCUGCUGAGGUCGUACAUCCAGCAAAUGACCUGAAUGGUUUUAAUCCCUUGAUCUCCAUCUACCAACUUGUGCGUGAAAAGCGAGACAGGGAAAGACAGGAAGAAUGUCUGGGUGCACUCGCCAUGCCCCAUUCUCCGUGCGAAACAGCACUACAAAUACCAAAAAUCCCUGCUCCAGAGGCAGCCCAUACCAACCAAAACGCAUAUGAAAUUCCGGGUGACAAGGAAACUGGUGGACGAUCACGGCCUAGAGCACGAACCCAUGGCGACGAUGAGGUGAGGGAUGGAAUAAAGAAUAUUCAUCUGGGGCCAGCGGCUGCGGCAGCGUCUCCCUCUAUUGUAACCCCACCAGUCGAACAAGUAAAGAAAGAAAGUGCAGCUGUUGGCUUAUUAAGACGGCUGAGUACCAGAAGAACACGGGAGAAACCGCGGGACACCGAUCGUGAAAAGAGCGCAACAUCCCAAGGACCCAGUUUCAGCAUACAGCCGCCAGAAGAAGUUACUACUGGAAAAAGCUUUAGUGUGAGGAGGCCUAAACAUGAAAUCCCCUCUCCUGCGACGCUUCACUCUGGCGGAAGCCAGCCCCAACAGCCAGAUUUUCUGCGUGCACCCCGGUCUGGGGACCCACCUCCCAGGACAAAGAAUGUUCUUGGGCGGUCAGCUAGUGUUAAUUCCGGCGACAAUCGGGUGCUCAGAAAUGGGAGACGAGGAUUUGAUGGUCUCAUUUCUCCGCCCUCACAGGAUCCACCAUUGACAAGUGGAUCUGACCGAUCUAGUUUGAAUGUGCAAAAGUCGCGACAACAGCAGAGCGACCACGUAGCAACCCAGGAUUCAAAACCCACUACCCGCACACAAACAUUUAGAACUAAAUCUCUUGGCCAUGCCAGACGCGAAAGUAUCCAGGCUCGGAGAGCACGCCGCGAGGAAACUCGCGAGGCAAAUGUCCCCGAGGAGACGGAUGCUGAGCUGAGUAACACCGGCAAUACGAUGGAAAAUGUAAAUACAGGAGAAGACUUUUCGAAGCCCGUCUUUCUUAAAGGCCUGUUUAGCGUUUCGACAACUAGCAGCAAACCCCUCCCCUUCAUCCGGGCAGAUAUAAGCAGAGUCCUGAAACAGCUUGGUGUUGAAUUCACUGAAAUCAAAGGCGGAUUUAGCUGUCGUCACGCCCCAAGCAUCGAUCUCAACCGGGUCGUUGACGUUUCCCCGCCCAGCCCUGACCGACAGGGAAUGGUGAGCAGCCACCGCCGUAGAAUCAGUUUUGGCGGACUCCUCAGUCACGAAAAGGAUGAGAACAGAGAUGAGCAUAAAUAUUCACACUCUACUCGGACUCCACGUCGUCAUCAAGGCCCACCUGAUCGAAGUUUUAUCUCUAAUUCAGAUGGCUCUGACGAAUACAUGGCUGCCCGUGAUAAUGCGGGCGGUGAGCGCGUUGUUGGGGAGACGACUACUCGGGUCCAGAGCGACACGGGCGGUAACCUGGUUCUCAAAUUUGAAAUCUUGAUCGUCAAGGUUCCUCUCUUCUCGCUGCAUGGCAUACAAUUUAAGAAAGUGUCAGGUGGCAUGUGGCAGUAUCGAGAAAUGGCGAAAAAGAUUCUGGAUGCUCUUAAGCUCUAG